UGGCGCACUUCAGGAAAUCCAAAAUUUGUCACGGAAAAAUGUCAGCAGAGCCAGAGGCAAUGCGCAAGGAGUAAGACAAACCCAACUUAAUUUGAUCAUAGAUUAUAACAAUGGAAGUAAAAAACGGGACAGAUUCACCAGAUGAUAAUUCAAGACAACAGAAACAUGCAAGGCAAGGUAGUGUUACAAAUGUCGAUGGAGUAAACCAUGGCGUGAAUGACCAGAGACAAGCUGCUCGGGCGAUGAAUCAGGGCGCAGCGGGGAGACGGGCUCCACCCUCGGGUAACUCCGGGGCAGAGGUCCAGCUGCAAAUGCAAGUGACGACGCCUUCUGGUGGGAGCGACACCUUAAAAAGCCAGUCCGGAAAAGGCCCUCGAGAAGAAAACAGUAAACUUGCCCAGCCAGAGGAAAUUCCAUUACUCCUUGGUGAAAGGAUAGAAGGCAUUGCCAAGGAUGUAACCUACCUGUGUCCCUUUACCGGCCCCAUGCGUGGUACUCUGACUAUCACCAACUACAAGCUUUACUUCAAGGGAGGAGAUAGGGAGCCACCAUUUAUUCUUGAUGUUCCUCUUGGUGCUGUUUAUAGAGUAGAAAAGGUUGGUGGUUCCACUAGCAGGGGAGAAAACUCAUAUGGUCUCGAAGUCUUCUGCAAGGAUAUGAGAAACCUGAGGUUUGCUCACAAGCAAGAGAAUCAUUCCAGAAGACUGGUUUAUGAGAAAGUACAAACCUAUGCAUUUCCAGUAUCAAAUAAAUUGCCCUUCUUUGCCUUUGAAUACAAGGAGUAUUACAAUGAGGAUGGAUGGGCAGUAUAUGACCCAGUGGCUGAGUACAAGAGACAGGGACUGCCCACUGAGAGCUGGAAAAUCUCCAGAAUCAAUGAGAAUUUCACCUUCUGUGAUACCUACCCUGCUAUUCUUGCCAUACCUGCAGCAGCAGAUGAUGAACUCCUCAGACAAGUGGCUGCAUUCAGAAGUAGAAACAGAUUACCGAUCAUGUCGUGGCUGCAUCCACAGAGCCAGGCCACUAUCACACGAUGCAGCCAGCCCCUGGUUGGGGUCGGGGGUAAGAGAAGUAAGGAGGAUGAGAAAUAUAUUCAGAUGAUCCUAGACGCCAAUGCUCAGUCCCACAAACUGCUUAUUAUGGAUGCCAGGCCGACAGUCAAUGCAGUCGCAAAUAAGGCUAAGGGAGGUGGUUAUGAGAAUGAGGAUACCUACCAGAAUGCUGAAAUUUGUUUCUUGGAUAUCCACAACAUCCAUGUCAUGAGAGAAAGCUUACGUAAGCUGAAAGAUAUCUGUUUUCCUAGCAUCGAUGAGCAUCAUUGGCUUGCUAACCUAGAGGCUACACACUGGUUGGAACAUGUUAAGAUGGUUUUAGCUGGCGCUGUGCGAAUCGCCGAGCGUGUCGAGAGCCAGAAGACAUCUGUGGUGGUCCACUGCAGUGAUGGCUGGGACAGGACGGCCCAGCUGACAGCCCUUGCUAUGCUACUCCUAGAUCCAUUCUAUCGCACCAUCAGAGGCUUUGAGGUGCUCAUAGAGAAGGAAUGGUUAGCAUUUGGACAUAAGAUGGCACAACGCCAUGGUCAUGGAGACAAGAACUAUACUGAUGCAGACAGGUCCCCAAUCUUCCAACAAUUCAUUGAUAGUGUAUGGCAAGUUACACGACAGUUUCCUAAUGCUUUUGAAUUCAAUGAACACUUUUUGAUCACCAUACUGGAUCACCUGUACAGCUGUCUCUUUGGAACGUUCCUCUUUAACUGUGAGAGGGAGAGAGUCAAAGAACAAGUGAAAACCAAGACGGUGUCACUGUGGUCUUAUAUCAACAGCAGUAUGGAGGAGUUCAUUAACCCAAUGUAUGCCAGCUAUAUGCAUCAACAUGUCCUCUUUCCUGUGGCCAGUAUGAGGAGGAUUGAACUGUGGACCUCCUACUACAUCAGAUGGAACCCACGCAUGAAACCACAGGAGCCAGUACACCAGAGGAACAAGGAGCUCCUGGAGCUACGAGCCCAGCUCCAGCGACAGGUGGAGGAGCUGCAGAAGGAGAUAGAGGCCAGGGAUCUAGGACUCCAGUCCACUCCAGGGGGAACGUCCUCACCGCCGAAGGUCACCAGUCCAGUCAAUGCCUGAGACAACUCCAGGGGGUUAUUUCUUACAGCAGUUCAGAAAGUUGUGCAUGAAUUGACGAGCAUUUAGACUAUUGCAAGCCUGAUGUUGAUCAACAAAUAACACUUAUUGCUACUACAAUGGUCAGUCACUGAAGAGGUAUGCCCGAUUGGAUUGUAGGCAUGAGAAAACGUUCUUCUGCACCAGCAACUACAUGUAUGUGCAUACCAUCUAGGACGAAGGUCUGAUAAAGCUUGCAGCCUUGCGAGUGAAGGCUUAUGCUUAAGCGGGUACACUUUUGUGAUUGGGAAGAAAGAAAGUUUUCCUAUGUUACAGAAAGUUUUUGAUUCAAUUUGAAUAACAUGAUGAGAAAAAGUGUGAAUUUUGUAUACGAUAAAGACUCUCUAGACUUUAGACUCUCAUUUUGGCACCUCGUAUUCUAGUCUGUCGUAACAUCGCUCUUAAGUUUACAAAUAACUCCAUGAAACACCACUUCUGUUUGAUUUUGUCAAAGGUUUGUGGUGAUUGCUCGACUUUGACGAGUAUACAGUGCUAUAAGGCAUUGAGGGAGUUGAUGCAAUUAUGUCCUUCGAUAGCUUUUGCUUUCUAUGAAUACAUGGUAAAGAUCACUGAGCAGAAGUUGUUUUGCUGGUAAGGUUUCAUGUAGUGUUUGGUCUGAGGCUUUGUUUAUGAAACUUCUUUUUUCGAGAACAAAUUUGACAGAAUGUCGUUUAUCAAUUUGGAGCUUAUAUUAAAGCUCAUACGGCCUUGAGGAGUGACGAAUAUAGUAACAUUAUUAUAAUUGAAUAAGCAAUUGUUUUGAUCAAGUACAUAUUAGCAUUGACCAUUAUUUAUAGUUAUGUACAGAAAAGAAUAUAGUGCUAUUUGUUGUUGAAAUUCUUUCCUAGUUCUAGAUGAUGCAGUUUUGACCUUAUUUCCUCAAGUAUUGUAUCCAAAUAUCAUUGAUAUGAUUUAUGAAUACCUGUAUAUAAAACAUAGAAUUUGAGAGAGUAAAUUGUUUUAUUUAAAAUCCAAAAUGUUAUUCAACCUUUGUUAUUAGGGGAAGCAAGCAAAUUGUAACUUGUACAUUUUACCUUUUCUACAUUUUCACUUUGCUAUGUAGUAAUAUUUUUAUGUGUGCAAACAAGUGUUCUCUUACUUGCUAUCAUUGCAAUGAGGCUUUGAAGACCUUUUAGGUUUGUAUGAAGAUAUUGGGGCUACUUGUAUGCAAUGUAAAUAACUCAGUGUAUCAAAAUUAUUUUUGAGGUUUUUCUUGAUUCAUUUUGAAAGAGUUGUUGCUCUAUGACAGGAUUACUUAAUGUAUUGUAUGAAAUGUGAGAAAAACUAGCAUCAUUAUAGACUUUCAAAGCGAAGUUGAAGUCUUUUAUAAGGUUAUUAGUUUUCACCCAUGAACCCAAAUUCUUUUUUUCUUGUAGUGUAUCUUAGAAGAAUAUAGCUGUCUUAAAAAUAUUAAAGGAACAAGCUGAUGAAUUCUUAUCCCUACUUAGCCUAAUUUUGUGUAAUAUAAGAAAAAGGAGAGUGGCAACUAUACAUCAUCAGCUCACCUAUUCAUGAUGGGAAAUUUUAUUUCAUUUAUAUUUUCAGCCCGCAGGAUCCAUUUUAAUACAAGAUCUUGUUUUGUUGCCCAUUUCCUAGCAUGUCCCAUAAAAAAUUAUUUUAUUAUCCUUAUGUUCAUAUUAAUGUCGGCUUUCAUGGGCAGCAUGUUGGUGCUCACCUCACCCAGUUUGGGAAGACUGUAAAUACAGUGUAUGUUGUAAAUUCCACACUUAUCCACGAUGAAAUGGAAUUAGCAUGUUAGAAGCUUGUAAGAUUACUGCUGAAAGCUCUGACUUUGGGGAUAUUUUACUGCUUUGUCAGCUAAAAUUUGUUAGCAUAAUUUUUCUUUUGUGGAUUAUUUGGAUAAAAUAAUUACUUGAGAAAAUUAAGGGCUGUAUUUAACUAUUUUUGGAACACUUGAUGGUUUGAAGUGAUAUCUCUAAAUUAUCUACUGAGAGGAAUUUUUAUGCAAUAUGAAUAGAGUCCCAAAAAUUUGAAUUCUAGCUGACGCAGUACUCUCCAGUUUUAAUUACACCCUUAAUUAGCAUAACAUGAUUUAGGGUCGAAAACUCAGCCCCACUGGCAUUACCGUUUCAUGCUGGCGAAAAAUGGCCAACACAAAUAGGAAAUAAAACCAGGAUACAGUGAAAAUGUUAGAGGUUAGGCAUGUUGUAUAGUCUCGUGUUGUACAUGGCUGUAUGUUUGAUGAUGUCAUGAUGUUGGUUACAUGUGUCACUAUAUCCUGGCCUUGUGUGCUCGUCUGCCUCCAAACUAGGAUUAGGUGAGCCUCUCUUAUAUACCGGUAAAGAGUAUAGGUGGUUUGGUCCACAGUUGGGGAAAUCUGAUCAUGUCUGCAGGCUAUUGAUGAGUUUUAUGACCAAUGAGUUGUCAGCCUAUUAUUGAGGUUUCAUGCAUAUUCAGAUUCUUUAGCCUACCUAUUCAUUCACCACAGUAUUUAGCUCAGUAAGGCAUUCUUUUCAUGUAAAACUGUUAUAUUUACAUCACAAUAGUUUCUGAAUGUGAAUGAAUGUGCAAAUCCUCUGUAGAAUUUAAAUGAUUGAGUCUGUGGGGGAUGAGUGUACCGUUUAACUUUCUUCAUUGUAGGAUGAUGGGUCAGAUACAUAAAAGGCAGAAUUUACUUUGUAUGCAUAUUGAAUAAUAGUGAAACUCGUAUUAAUUUCCGGAUAUGGUGUCAAACGUAAAGAUCUCCCGACAUAAAAAUACAGAAUAAUUUCUGUUGAUGUGUGCGAGUCUUUACUUCGCCAAAUCUUGUUCUGCUGGGUUUAGAUGAGCAUCAUAUAAUUUCAAUUUUCUUGCAUUUAUCUGCAGUUUUCGAAGCCCUGCCCCAUUAAAAUAUUACCCAGCUUGAGAAAUUCAAAGUUCAAUUAAAAACCCACCUCUUUCAGAAUGUUUAAUUUAGUCACAUGUAGGUCCAAUCCAUGUUUGAUAUUCUUUGAUCUUAUUCUAACCACAUUUCUCGUGUUCCUCACGCAUAGAGACUUGUUGGUGUUAUGCGUAUCUCAGAAUUGUACUAUUAUUAUUAAAAUUCAGUAAAAGCAAUGCAACUAGUCUACACACAAAAGCAGUAACUAAAUGACAGUUUGAAUGGUUGCUAUGCCCCUAGUGUUGUUUGAAGACUUGUGAUUGCUAAUGGCAUGUUGCAUAGCAUUGUGUAUUGUUAUGCUUAUUUCUGCCUCCUAUGACAUCACAAGAGUAAAAAGGGAUAAAGUGGAUUCUAAUGGGGCGGGGCAAGUAUACUGCAGAUGAAUGCAAGAAAAAUUAAAUAAUCUAUAUUGAAAUUAUAUGAUGCACAUUUAAACUCAAAAGACUCGUACACAUAAACUGAAGAUUACAUGGAUCAAGUGCACGUUAUUGAGCUCCAAAUGCAAAUCUUUUAUGCAUAUGAUUCUAGCGAAUAAUUGCUCAAUUUCAUUGUAUCAAGCAAGUGGAAUUGAUAUUUUUUUCGCCUCUCAAUUUUACUUGGUCUUUAUUAAUAUUGUUCCUUCCACUUCCACAAAAAAAGGAAUUCAACAUGUAACGGGUUAUGUUGACGAGCAAGCAUGUUAAUAUGAGCUAAAAAAAAUUUACCUAGAUUCAACACUUGCCUCCCCCC